UACCGCUAAACUGCACUGAAGCGCAUGCGCACACGCACGCGCAUAACGUGGUGGCAGUUACGAGAUGGCAGUUGUUUUAACAUCAGUAUAAAGCAGUUCUCCUUGGAAAAACAUAGCUGUUUUCCAUUACAUAUAUUCCUUGGCACUACUUUUCCACCUCCAUUUCUGUGAAAAAAUCUCCAGGGAGAACCAUAAUGAAGAUAGCAGUGGAAGGAUGUUGUCAUGGUGAACUUGAUAAAAUCUAUGAGACAAUUGCUUUUCUGGAGGCCAAGGAAAAUGUGAAAGUGGACUUGCUCCUUUGUUGCGGAGACUUUCAGGCUGUGCGCAAUGAGGCGGACAUGAAGUGCAUGGCUGUUCCGCCAAAAUAUCGCCAAAUGCAGACCUUCUACAAGUAUUACUCUGGAGAAAAAAAAGCACCUUUUCUUACCAUUUUCAUUGGAGGUAACCAUGAGGCAUCCAAUUACCUUCAAGAACUGCCCUUUGGCGGCUGGGUGGCACCUAACAUCUAUUAUUUAGGCUAUGCUGGUGUAGUUCAGUAUCGUGGAAUUAGAAUUGGAGGCCUUUCAGGAAUUUUUAAGUCGCACGAUUACAGAAAAGGUCAUUUUGAAUCCCCACCUUAUAAUCAACAGACUAUGAGGAGUGCAUAUCAUGUGAGAAACAUUGAAGUAUUCAGACUGAAACAGAUCCGUCAACCUGUUGAUAUUUUCAUGUCUCAUGACUGGCCUCGAGGAAUCUAUCACUUUGGAAACAAGUCUCAGCUGUUAAAAAAGAAAUCUUUUUUGCGACAAGAGGUGGAAUCUAAUUCUCUGGGCAGUCCUGCAGCUGCUGAGCUCCUCCAGCAUCUCCAACCAACUUACUGGUUUUCAGCCCAUCUACAUGUCAAGUUUGCAGCUUUCAUGCAACACAGGGCAGAAAAGGACUCGCUGCCCAAGUCAACUAAGUUUCUUUCUCUAGACAAGUGCUUGCCUCAUCGAGACUUUCUUCAGAUUGUGGACAUUGAAGAGGAUCCCAGUUCUUCAAACAGACUAGAAUAUGAUCUGGAAUGGCUAGCUGUUCUUAAAGCUACAAGUUCCUUCAUCAACGUAACACAGAAGAAUUGGAACAUGCCAGAAAACAACAGUUUAUAUUCUAGAUGGGAUUAUAGUGUCUCUGAUUCAGACUUAAAUGAAGUUCUUUCGAGUCUUGGUGGAGAUCGGUGCAUUCCUGAAAACUUCAGCAUGACAGUGCCUGGUUAUGAUCCCAGCAAUCCUCAACCUAACAGGGAGCCUAUGCAUGCUGUGAACCCCCAAACUACAGAGUUGUGUGCCUGUCUAGGACUCACUGACCCUAACAUACAACUUGGAAAGGGAGAUAGUGAUGAAGAGGAGGAAGAAGAUGAUGAUGAUGAUCAGAGCUCAGGUAGCACAGAUGAGCCAAGUGAAUACCCAACUGACACCUCUGGUCUGUCUAAUUCAUUCAACCCUGAUGAGAUUACAAUUGAGGACGAAUGGGAGGAAGUACCAGAGGAAGUUGAGCAGGAGCUCCGCAGUCCAUCUCGUCUUAUUCUUCCUUCCCCAAAAGCAGCAGAGUCUACUGGGAUGGACACUUCUAAGCAGAUAAAAUCCUUUUCUCCUCUUCCCCUGGCUCUUGACAAUUCUAGUGGUUUUUCUCGGGGCUACAGUGCACAGGACUCAAUGAGUGAUUCUCCUUUGGAAGAUGCCAAUGAACUUGACAAUACUGAAGAACAGCAGCAGAUUGAUGAGAAGGAAAGAACUAACUGGUAUGGUUCCUCACCUGCUGCUAGUAACACCAGUGGAUCUGAGGCAGGUGCUGUUAGGCCAAGCAAACGCAAUAGUGGAGAAAACUCAAAUGGGAAUGUGGGGUUAAAAAAAAUCAAGAGGAGGAAUCAGUCUAUCUAUGCAGCAAAGGAUGAUGAAGAGGAUGACAGCUAAAACCUUCAAUUAUAUUAAAGAAAAUCUUAUCAUGUUAAAAUAAAUUGACCAGAACUUGGAUAUAACUUUAUUUUUUAUCUGAUGAAAUUUUUCCUUCAUUCUUUUUAGUUGAAUGAUGACCACAAAGGGAAUGUUGCACUUGUGCUUGGUCCAUUUUUAUUGGUUUUAGAAUUGUUAAUAAUUGUUUAGGUGGGCCUUUAUCCUGAUACCACCAAAGGUGUGUUCCUUGUCAUCCAUAGUUUGCAUCAUAAAAGGUUUGUGUUUAAUAAUCCUUAUUUGACAAUAUACAUAGUCAUUCUGUGGAGUGAAAAAACAUACUUUUUUUUUAAUUAUUGAUUGGGGUCAUUUUCUUUACAGAACAAAUGUGAACUGACAUUAUUGUGCUUGUAAUAUCCAGUAGGAGUGAACCCAGUGCAAGUUAUUGUUUAAGAUGUCUUUUAAUUUUAUUUCUUAAAGCUGCUAUGUGCAUUUAAUAAAAUGUACAGAUAUUGUUCUUGCAGUAAGAAUCCAUUGUAUAUAUUUUAAAAUUCAUAAACUUCAGGUUCUUUUAAUGCCCAUUUCCUACUUGUAAGUAUAUUUGGUACAUUGUUUUUUAAUUGAAUUUUGCAAAUGCAAUAUCCGUAAUAAAAAGCAACUAUCAAGUUA